UGAUUGGUUGAAGCAUCAGCAGUGUUUUAAUGUGGGGACGGAGCGAGCGCUCUCACUUCUCUCUAAAGGCUUUGAUGUGAAACAGGAAGCUGUUUGUGCAAAGCAGGUUCAUUCAGAGAGGAGCAAACACAGGCGGGAGGUCUCACUCCGACUUUAUUUAUCAAUCCAAAAAACUUUCACUUCUGCUGGCGGCCUGUGUGCUUUUCAGGAUUGAACCCUUUCCAGGAACCACAGGGGUCCUUGGGGAUCCCUCAAGAGAUUCCAGGGUCCUUGAAAUGAGUCCUGGAGUCCUUCUAAAGUCUCCGGGGUCAUUGAAAGUUAAAUCUGGAUGUUUGUCAUUGCUGUUUAAGUCCCUUGAAGUUUUCCAAGGUUCAUAAUCUCCUGGAUGCUUCUGGAGUUUCCAGGGACCUUGAAUGAAUCCUGGAGUUUGUCCAGGGUUUCCAGGGAUCCUUAAAAGAGUGAAAAGGGUCUUUGAUUUCCUGAAGGGGUUUAAGGGUCCUUGAAAUGGUUGUAGGAGUUCUUCCAGAGUUCCAGGAUCUUUUUAAGGCUGUGUUCAUCCUUCAGGAGCGUUCAGGAUCCUUGAAAUGGACUUCCAGAGUUUCCAGGGUUCUUUAUAUGAGUUUCUUGAAUUCUUGUGUGAAGUGUUUUGUUCUUCUAAAGAUCCUGAAGAUCCUUGAAAAUAUUAAGGAAACUUGUGAGGGCUAUUUGAGAAAUUCCAGGGUCCUUGAAAGAAUUCCAGGACUUCUUGAAAUGGCUCUAGGGGUCCUUGCAGAGUUGCAGGAUCUUUCUGAGGGUUGGUUUUGUCACUCAAGUGAUUCCAGGAGUUUUCAGGAGUCCUUGAAAGGUUCCAGGAGUCCUUGAAUUGGGUCCUGGCAUCCUUUCAGAGUUUUCACUGGUCUGUGCAGGAAUUCCAGGAUGCUUUAGAGGACUCCUGGGGUCCUUCAAGAUAUUCCAGGAGUCCUUGAAAUGUUUCCGGCUUGCGUUCAGAGUCUCAGAGGGUCAGAGGUUCCAGGAUGUUUGUGAAACAGUGGUGAGAGUGAGUCAUCGCCUGCAGCACAGAGGAUCUUUGGCAGCAUGUGUGAGAAGAAUCAAACCAGCAACUCUGAGACAAACAAGACAAACUAGACAUCAGAGGACGUCCGAGGACUCCGUCUGAGCUGCAGCUUCUUCUUCUCUUCAGGUUUUUCUUCUCUGCAGCUUCGAGAUGAAGGAUCAGAACUUUACAGACGACGUCUUAAAGAUCCUUCAGGAAGCUCCGAACGCCCGGAAAGCUCUGCUGGAAAACUACGACAACCUGAUGAAGGUGUCCGAGUACUGCAACAGCAACUACAUACAGUCAGGUGAGGACAGCAUGAAGGCGUUGGAGGAGACGAAGAACUUCACCACCCAAUCACUGGCCAGCGUGGCGUACCAGAUCAGCACGCUGGCCAGCAGCGUCCUCGGUCUGCUGGACGCGCAGACCAAUCAGCUGCGCCACAUGGAGUCCUCCAUCAACCUGAUUGGACAGACGGUGGAGAUGCACAAGGAGAAAGUUUCCCGGAGAGAGAUCGGCGUCUUCACGGCGGUGAGACGAGUCCCACGCAGCCACAAGAUCCUCCCUCCUGCUCCUGCCGGCACGCAGCCCCGCCCGCCGUACAGCCGCCGACCAAUCAACUACCAGCAGCUGGACAGCGUGGGCCACGGCAUCAAGGUCUCUGGGAAACAGUCGGACAGCAGAACAGGAACGAUCCGUAAACAUGGAUCCUCCGUCAGGUCCAACAAACCUCCAGAGCCGGUCCAGUGCCCGGUGGCGCCCCCUGUCAGCCGCUCCAGUUUUGGGACGCCCGUUGCUCCGCCCACCAUCCCCUCCACCUGGCAGGCUCCACCUGAGUGUGACAUCAUCACCACGCUGCUGGACGAAGCCCCACCUCCUCCUCCUACACCUGCCGAGAUGUUGGCUCAGGACCAUGACGUAGCUAACUCCUUGGCUCCGCCCCCUCCGCCUCCUCCACCUGACUUGUCUAGCGAGAUGGUGGCCCCACCCCCUCCCCCUCCUCCACCUCCUCCUUCAGGAGCGCCAUCCAAUCACAGUGUUCCACCACUGGCCCCGCCCCUCAGUCUCGAGACAGUGGUGGAGGAGAACUUCCUCCCCCCUCCCCCUCCUCCCUCUGGUGAUGACGGCUUCCCUCCGCCGACCAGUGAACUGCCAGCCCCGCCCCCUCCACCUCCAUCCAUCCAGGAAGUAGACGUGACCCUCUCCUCCAGGAGGAGUCGCCGUCGUCGCUCGCCCCCCAGCACUCGCUCUCUCUCUAUGAGGGUCCGCUCUGGCCCCGCCUCCCGCUGCCGCUACACUCGCUCUCUCUUCCUGCCUGCUGUCCAAUCACUGAUGAUACCUCCUCCUCCCUCCUAUCCUCCCCCCAAAGCUCCUCCUCUGCCUCCCCCCUCCUCCCCCUCCUCCUCCUCCCCCUCUUCUUCCUUCCUCCUGCUCUCCCCCUCCUCCUCCUCCUCGUCACCUCGGCUCUGCUUACCUGCUCGCCUCGAACACCUGGACCUGGAGAUCCCAGUCCCGCCCCCUCCUCUCUUGGACUAUGAGGGUGGCUUUGAUGACAUCAUGCCCCCCCUCCCUCCACCAGUGGACUACGACACCAACGCCCCUCCAGAUUACCUGGAGAAAGUGGUGGCGCUGUACAGCUACGAGGCGUCGAAGUCCGAUGACCUGGCCCUCACUGAGGGUGACAUCAUCUACCUGACACGUCGCCAUGACAACGGCUGGUGUGAGGGAUUCCUCAAUGGCAAGCAGGGCUUCUUCCCUCAAAACUACGUCCAAUCAUGUGGCUAGACUGAAGCCCCGCCCCUGACAGUGAUGUCAUUUCCUGUCCUCUGUACGUCUGUCUGGUCACAUGACUGAAUGAAACUUCUGCCUGUUAUUGUGUGUUUUUACUUUUUCUCUUCAUCCAGAGUCUCACGUUUGGCUUCUUUAGCAGAACUAGAACUAGAGCAGGAAGAUCUGAUCCCAGUCUAUUGUUGUAGAAAUUUAAUGUGUGCAGGUUAUUGAUUACAGCAGGUUAUUGAUUACAGCUGAUCACUUUGAGUCCUUUCACCCAGACAGAAAAUAAAAAGACAGAAAAACUUUAAGAACUUUAUGGCUGUAAUUAAAACAAGCACUCUGGUGUUAUUCUAUAUUUUUCUUAUCGUCAGCAGAUCUGAUGCUCAGAGUCAAACCAACAACCUGCUCGUCCGUCUCUGAAUACUUUCCCCCUCUGUCUGUGUCUCUCAGCUCAGAGCUGAUUGGUUCCUACUGAAGAUCCUUAAAAACACCUCACACAUAUAUAGCAUAAUAGCACUGUAGUAAUAUAUAGUACAGUAGUAAUAUAUAUAGUAUAGUUUGUUUCACAAAGGCAGCAUGAACAUAUUGUUAGAAAGAUAAAUACAGACAGCAGAAGGUUAAAGACGUGGGCUUUGUUGACAAGAAGAAAAAUAUAGAACAUCAGAGAUUUGAUGCUGAAAGUGAAACUAUCCUGAAAAAACAAAUUGAUGUUAAGACGCUCAGAAAGCAAAUAAUCAGACACAUCUUUACACGUUUGUGAUGAAUAAAUGUAGAAAUAUAUCUGUUAUUGUGUGUAUAAGGUACAACAGACAUUAGAUUGAGAAGUGGGAACAGUAUUUACAAAUCAGUAUUUUGUGGUAUUUAUUAAAACAUCCGUAUAUAACGUGAACCAGACGGCAGCAGAACAGAGUUUAUUUAUGCAAAGCUUAACAAACUGAGUCAUUACUGCUUUUAGUUUAAUUUUCUUGCUCAGAAUCUGAUCAGAAUCAGCUGAUUGAUUGAUGCAACACACACACACACACACACACACACACACACACACACACAUACACACACACACACACACUGUAGAGCUCAAACUAAGAAUUAUAAACAUCAUCAGUGUUUAUUUAACAGUCACAAUAUAGUUUUAUUUAAAUGAUAAAAGAGAAAUAAUGAAGUAUUAUGACUAUUAUACAAUUACAAAUAGUAAAAUGAUCAAUAAACAUGAGAAUUAAUAAUGUAACACCAGUAUUGUGUCUGUAAAUGAUCAAUAAAUUAAUGAAUGUUUAA